AUGAAACCAGCCACUUUUAAAAUAGUUUUAGUUGGUGAUCCAAGAGUAGGAAAGUCAAAUACACUAACUAGAUUUGCAUUUGAUAAAUUUGAAGAAGGGCAUAAAAUAACUAUAGGAGUGGAAUUUGCAUAGAAAAAUGUAAACAUUAUGGGAAAGGAAAUUAAAUUGGCGAUUUGGGAUACUUGUGGAGCAGAAUAAUACAGGGCUUUAACCAAUAUUUAUUACAAGGGAGCUGCAGGGGCAUUAUUAAUUUUUGAUAUCACAGAUAGAAGUUCAUUCGAAAAUUUAGAUAAAUGGCUUAAAGAUAUUGAAUCAAACACUUCCUCAAUCGUCAUAAUGCUUGUUGCAAAUAAAUUAGAUCUUUCAGAUCAACGAUAAGUUAGUAAACAAGAAGCAGCUUAAUUCGCAUUCGAGCACAAAUUGGCAUAUUUGGAAACUAGUGCUAAGGAUGGCACUGGUAUAUAGUAAGCAUUUGAAUAAUUGGCAACUGAGAUUACAAAAUUAUCCCAAACAACCGAAUCAAUUGAAAAGAAUAACAUAAAAUUAACAGAAUCCACUAUUCCAAAAGGAGAAUAGGAUAAAUAAAAGAAAUGUUGUUGAUUAGCUAACUCUAUUGGUUAUAUUUUAAAAAUUAAUAUUAUUUA